AUGAUGCCCUUUGUUUAUUUUCCAGCAUGUGCUGGGUUUACUGUUGGAUUACUUCAGUCACUGAAUGUUUCAACAGAAAUACAAGGAUUCAUUGGUAUCGGUUGUUUGGGAAUGCUCGCCCUCUCUCUGCCCAUUCUAUUCGAAAACCGUCAACGCUAUUUGGUGGACAAUUAUAAAAUUACUCGACCUAUCUCAAGAGUCCUAUUUUAUUCUCUCAAUGUUCUAUUCGUGCCAUCAUCUCUUUUUGGGGUAUUUUCAAUCAUUCCAGAGCAAACAUCGGCUCGUCAGAUUAUUCUUCAAAUUCUUCCAUGUCCAACUGAGAAUUAUUUCUUCCAUUCUGUAUUUGUACUCAGCUUAAAUCAUACAAUAAUAAUCAUCUACUUGAGUGUGCUAUCAGCGGUCACUAUUAUCCAAAUAUUAUUUUUCGGAGGGCAUUCCUUAACAUAUCUGAAAACAGACUCAAAAAACAUAUCUGCCUCAACUCGAAGGCUUCAGAAAAGGUUCUUCCUGGUGAUUAGUGUUCAGUUGGUCCUACCAUGUAUUAUUCUUCUGGUUCCCGUGGUAUAUUUCAUGUUCUCAAUGAUAAGCGGGUAUUAUAACCAAGCGUUGAACAAUAUCAGUUUUGUAACCAUGACACUAUACGGAGCUACAGCAACUCUAACAAUGCUCUUCCUUCAUAAUCCAUACAAAAAAUUUGUGUUUAGUGUGUUCCCCGCCCGUGAAAAAACGAAUGUGGUGAAACCACGGAAAUGGGUUCGUCGAAAUGCGGUGUCAGUUACAACACCGGUCUCGUUCUGA